UUCUGAAACCCAAUGAGAUCAUAGAUAUAAAUAUCACUAGAUAAGGACUCUCCCUCUUACUAUCUAUAUAUAGUGAAGCUAGAGUAACUUCAGCUCAUCACAACCAACUUUGACAUCUCAAACUAGCAAGCUCUCACUUUCCUCUUGAUAAACCAUGGCAGCUUCUACAAUGGCUCUUUCUUCCUCUUCUUUCGCUGGACAAGCAGUGAAACUCUCCCCAUCUGCCUCAGAAAUCACCGGAAAUGGAAGGGUGUCCAUGAGAAAGACUGUCGCCAAACCCGUCGCAUCUAGCAGCCCAUGGUACGGCCCAGACCGUGUUAAGUACUUGGGUCCAUUCUCUGGUGAGUCCCCGAGCUAUUUGACCGGUGAAUUCCCUGGUGACUACGGGUGGGAUACUGCUGGACUUUCAGCAGACCCACAAACCUUUGCCAAGAACCGGGAACUCGAGGUGAUCCACUGUAGAUGGGCUAUGCUUGGUGCACUUGGAUGUGUCUUCCCCGAGCUCUUGGCCCGUAAUGGUGUCAAAUUUGGUGAGGCUGUGUGGUUCAAGGCUGGAUCCCAGAUCUUCAGCGAGGGUGGACUUGACUACUUGGGCAACCCAAGCUUGAUCCACGCACAGAGCAUCUUGGCUAUAUGGGCUUGCCAAGUUAUCUUGAUGGGAGCCGUUGAGGGAUACCGUGUAGCUGGUGGACCUCUUGGUGAGGUUGUCGACCCACUCUACCCUGGUGGCAGCUUUGACCCAUUGGGUCUUGCUGAGGACCCAGAGGCAUUUGCUGAGCUUAAGGUAAAGGAGAUCAAGAAUGGCAGACUAGCCAUGUUCUCUAUGUUCGGAUUCUUUGUCCAAGCCAUUGUUACCGGAAAGGGCCCACUAGAGAACCUUGCUGACCACCUUGCAGACCCCGUUAACAACAACGCCUGGUCCUACGCCACAAACUUUGUCCCCGGAAAAUGAAAAUCUUAAACAUUCUCAAAUUUGAUUGUUUGAUGGCCUUGUAAAGUUGUUUUGAGUUACUCAACUAUAGAAUGAAUUUUUGUUUAUUAACCAA